AUGACUUGCUGUGGCGGUGCAGUCUCUGAGCACGAGCUGGUGCUCGACUCAGCCGGUGACGGCGACGAUAUGAUUCCGGACAGGCCAAUCCCCUCCAUCCCGAGGACAGGAAACUUGGUCCUUGCCUCUAACAAGGUCGCCGAAAUUCAGGCUCCGGCAGAAGUGAGGAGCAAGAUCACAUGGAAGCCUGCUGUUGACAUUUUCUUUGACAAGAAAGACAGCACCGUCGCUCUGCUCAUGGAUCUGCCCGGUUUCACAAAGGAUGACGUCAACGUUGAAGUCGGCGAAGGGCAGUUGUACAUUUCUGGACCUCGAUCCAAGAAUGAACUCAGGGAGAAGUACGGAGCUAACCUUGUGCUAUCCGCCCACGAGCGACCCACCGGCUUCUUCUUCCGCGCAUUUCAAUUGGCGCCAAACGCCGUUGAGGACUCUGUCCAGGCCGUAAUGACGAACGGAAUUCUGGAGGUCAAGUUGUCGUGCAUUCAGACUCAUGAGAUGAAGAAGGUAGAGAUCGGGCUGCCUGGUGCAGCAUCAGGAGAGAAGGCAGCGAAGAAGUAA